AUGUCUGAACCCGCGGUCGAGCAAUCGCACCCGGUCGAGGCUACGGCUCUUGAGGCCGCGCCUGUCGAGGACGCCAAGUCUGCCGACAACGUCGAGCCUGCCGCCGCCGCCGUCCCGGCUGAGGUCGCGGAGCUUAAGGCUGCUGUUGAGGAGGAGGAUGUCGCCACGCCCGUCUCGCGUGACGAGGACCCCAAGUCCAGACGAGUCUCCCUCGCCGACUUGAGCGCAAAGGGCACCGCACUAUACGCCCACAAGAAUUACGACGACGCCGCCGAGAUCUUCUCCAAGGCUAGCGCCAUGCAGGCCGAGCUCAACGGCGAGACGGCCCCCGAAAACGCUGAAAUCCUCUUCCACUACGGCCGCAGCGUCUUCAAGGUCGGUCAGAGCAAGAGUGACGUGCUCGGCGGCCCUGCUGCUGCCGAGAACAAGAAAGCAAAGACCGCCGACAACGGCGCCGCUUCCAAGAACCCUCCUAAGGCGGACGCGGACAAGGCGGCGCAAGGGGGCGGUGCCGGUGCGGCGCCAUCUGCCACCGGGAACAAGGACGAGGGGCCUGCCGAUGCGAAGAAGCCAUUGUUUCAAUUCACCGGCGACGAGAACUUUGACGACUCUGAUGACGAAGAGGCCCCUCAGGAGGAGGAACAGGAAGAAGAAGAAGACGACCUGGCCACUGCCUUUGAAAUUCUCGACCUCGCCCGAGUCUGUUAUCUCAAGCAGCUAGACCAGCUUCGCCAGGAGGAAGAGGCGGCGGGCAAGGGCAAGGAGCCCGCGCAGGACUCGCCCGCCAUCCGACACAUCAAGGAGCGCCUGGCCGACACGCACGACUGCCUCGCCGAGAUCUCCCUUGAGAACGAGCGGUACCCGGCCGCCAUAGAAGACGGUCGCAUCUCGCUCAACUACAAGAUGGAGCUUUACCCGGAAGACUCCGAAAUCCUCGCCGAGGCACACUACAAGCUGUCCCUGGCUCUCGAGUUUGCCUCCGUCACCACAUCGGGCGACGACGGCAAGAACGAGAAGCGCGAGGCCAUGGACCAGGACCUUCGCGACGAAGCCGUCAAGGAGAUGGAGCUCGCCAUCAAGAGCUUCAAGCUCAAGAUCCAGGCCACCGAGGUCGAGCUCGCAACAAGCUCGUCGCCCGAGGACAACGAGCUCACCCGCAAGGCUAUUGCCGGGAUGAAGGAGGUCGCUGCUGACAUGGAGCAACGGCUCGUCGACUUGCGCAAGGACCCCAUCGACGCCAGCGGCCUGCUCGGCGGCGAUGCCGCUGCCAAUGCCCUGGGCGGCCUCCUCGGCGCCGUUGCAGGCGAAACCGCCGCCGACAAGCAAGCCCGCGUCGACGAGGCCGCCAAGAACGCCACGGAUCUCAGCGGCCUCGUCCGCAAGAAGGCCAAGGAGUCCGAAGCGGCCCCCGAGUCGGCCCCCGUCGUGGCUCCCGUCACCACGUCCACCAACGGCAAGAGAAAAGCCGAGGACGACGUCCUGCCCGACGGUGGCGAGUCCCCUAAGAAGGCAAAGGUCGACGACAACGGUGCGGCCGCUGAGGCUUGA